AACACAUAUAUUGUAGUUGUAAUAACAUAUAAUCAUAUGGGAAGUUAUAAUUAUUGACACAGGCUGUACAUUAACAAACACUUGUCCUUAUAUCUGCAUCAUAGUGUGUUAGAAACCAUUUAGCCCACUAAAUAUGACCAUGCAUGCUCAAGGCAAAGUUCUUGAAGGGUUUGCCUGAAACCAGAAUCCAUCAUGCGUUCCAGGAGAGAGGUGCGAACAGUCUGCAACAACCUGUAGUUUUAUUUUCUUAGUGAACAAGCGCUGAAAUCGACAGGAGCCUCGAUGCCAGAGAGAGUGAGAGAGUCUGGCUUCAUCAUCAUCAUCAUCAUCUCUCUCUCUCUCUCUCCUCUCCACUCGCUCUGCCGUGACGUCACUCAGGUUUAAAGCCUUCCUCGCGCGAUCUUCGGCCGUUCCCCUCUCCUCCUCCUCCCUCCACCUCCUCCUCCUCACGUUCACUUGCCUCCUCACCGGCCAAUGCUUCACACCACACCUGCCCUGGGUGUCUGUCCCAUGCGUGGGAAGCACAGCCAAACCGAGGGCUUCACCGCACAGGGUCCCCAGGAGCGACAGAAAGGAGGCGACCGUUGCAUCCUUCUGAGUUUGUUUUUUCACGCUUUGCCCUCGGACGCAGGGCUCUGAUUUCAGCGAAAGCCUCAGCUGAUACCGUUUUGUCACGGAGGACAAAGGGACAACAGAGUGGAGAUAUGAAUGAGUCGCUGGUGGUGAACGACUCCUCUGUGACUCCUGUGGCCGGGGAAGCUCUCCCAUGGAUGGAGGCUGAGUCUCCAGAGCACAACAGCAGCCUGGAGUUCUCCACCGCCCCGCUAGAUUUCCCCAUCAACCCGUGGGACAUCAUGCUGUGUAUGUCCGGCACCGUCAUCGCCUGUGAAAACGCCAUAGUGGUGGCGAUCAUCUUCUACACACCGACACUAAGGACUCCCAUGUUCGUGCUGAUUGGGAGCCUGGCCACAGCGGACCUGCUGGCCGGCAUGGGAUUAAUCCUAAACUUUGUGUUUCAGUAUGUGAUCUCCUCUGAGACUAUCAGCCUCAUCACUGUAGGCUUCCUGGUGGCCUCCUUCACCGCCUCCAUCAGUAGCCUCCUGGCCAUAACAGUGGACCGUUACUUCUCCCUCUACAACGCCCUGACAUACUUCUCGGAGAAGACGCUCCAGUAUGUGCACCUGAUGUUACUGGGGACCUGGGGGGUGUCUCUGUUCCUAGGCUUGCUGCCAGUGCUGGGCUGGAACUGCCUGGACGAGCCGGCCUCCUGCAGCAUCGUCCGCCCCCUGACCCGGAGCAACGUCACGCUCCUGGCCACCUCCUUCUUCGCCAUCUUCGUGCUCAUGCUCACCCUCUACUUCAAGAUCUGCAAGAUCGUGUGCCACCACGCCCACCAGAUCGCCCUCCAGCAGCACUUUUUCGCCACGUCGCAUUACGUUGCCACCAAGAAGGGGGUCUCCACCCUCGCCAUCAUCUUGGGGACAUUUGGCGCCAGCUGGUUGCCCUUCGCCAUCUACUGCCUGGUGGGCGAAAGGGAGUAUCCCUCGGUGUACACCUAUGCCACGCUGCUGCCGGCCACCUACAACUCCAUGAUCAACCCCAUCAUCUACGCCUACAGGAACGCAGAGAUCCAGCGCUCCAUCUACAUGCUUCUCUGUGGCUGCUUUCAGGCUAACGGAGCCUACAGGUCCAGGUCUCCAAGUGAAGUCUAAAAAGAGGUGCUAGGGCUCUUUCUAUGUGUGUGUGUGUGUGUGUGAGAGAGAGAGAGAAAAGAGAGCAAAAAGACAAACCAUCUCGUGACCAUCGACAAUCUGCUUACAGUUGACAGUGAAUGCUUUACAAACACAAAAGGGGGUGUGAUACUAGAAACAUGUCUCUCAUGCAUACUGUAUCUGCACUUUACUAUGUCUCAACACAAGUUAGGAUGAGAUUUUGGAAAUGCUGUGAACAAGAAACUCCUGUGAAAAAGACAAAAACAAACCUGUGAAUGUAUUUAAAAAAGAGAAAAGGAAUGGAAAAUCUUGCACUUUAUUCCAUGUUUUUUGAAAUGCCAAAGCAGUAUUGUAUAGCCCUUAUUGUGUUUAAACGUUUGAACUUGUGAGUACUGUGUGCCAUUUUUCUAUUUUGUAUUGUAUUGUCUUUGAUGUACAUUUUCUACAAGAGGAAUAA